AUGUUGGCCCCAGCUCCCAUCCAAGCCAAGGCCUCAAGCUCGGCUACCGAACUAUACCUCAGUCAAGCCCGUGCCAGCGGCAGCACUGAAGACUGCAUGGCCUUGUACGACAAAUGGGCCGCCUCAUAUGACGACGAGGUUGGAGACAGUGCUCAAGAGUACGUUGCACCCAUGCUUGUCGCUCAAGCCGCCAUCAAAUACGGGCUCUCCAACGGCGCCACAAACAGCGUGAUACUGGAUGCCGGUUGCGGGACCGGGCUGGUGGGAGUGGCUCUUGCAAUGGCCCAGGCCAAAGCAAUCGAUGGCAUCGACCUAUCUCCCGCCAUGCUUUCCAUCGCAAGAAAGACCGGCAUCUACCGAGAUCUCACAGUGGCAGACAUGAACCGACCGAUCGACAAGACGGACGGAACAUACGACCUCGUGUCCUGCGUGGGUACUUUCACACUUGGCCACGUUGGACCAGACCCUGCCCUGCGUGAACUUGUGCGCGUCACUAAGCACAAGGGUGUCGUUGUCUCCACGAUUCUGGAAGAGAUCUGGGUGCCCGGAGGGUUCAAAGCUGAGGUUGAGAAAUUGGUGGCGGAGGGUCUGGUGAAGGUAGUCAACGAUGAGCUUAUAGACUAUGUAAAGGGACACGGCGACAAGGCAGUGUUGCUCAUUCUAGAGAAGAUCGAUCGCCACUGA